AAUACACUGGUCCUUUCUAUACUCAUGAGUUUGCAGUCAGCCUUGGAACGAUUAGCUACGUACCGUGCCAACAACACGCGCGCUUCGCAAGAUAUCUUCCGCAGUGGUCUUCUAGUCCUUCAGAAAAGUGGUUUCAAAAAAUUGGGAGACGAUGGCUGGACAUCCCUAGAACAGUUAACAUUGGCCUCAAUAGACGUCGGAAGACUUGAUAUAGCAGACCAAUGCCUCCAGCUCAUUGCCGACAAAUUCCCCAACUCCCCACGUGUUGACUGUCUCAUAGGCAUCCGAAUGGAAGCUACAGAGCCACCAGAAACUGCCUUAAAAUACUACGCAGACAUCCUUGAAGCCGAUUCUGCCAAUGCCGCGAUCUGGAAGCGGCGUAUAUCAGUACUGAGGAGAACAGGAAAGGUAGAGAAGGCUGUGAAUGAACUCGUGCAAUUCUUGGAUACGUUCUAUACGGACGUCGAAGGGUGGCUAGAACUCGCAGACAUCUAUGCGUCGUGUAACCAAUAUGAUCACUCCCUCCAGGCCCUCUCACAUGUUCUGCUCCUAACGCCCCAGAACCCCUUCUACGUUCUCCAAGCCGCUGAAACAGCCUACACCUCCGAAGACUUUGCCCUCGCCAUCAAGAUGUUCCUCACUGUCGUCGACAUGACCGACACCGACGAUUCAGAACAACUCUUGCAAGAAUCCACACCGCUCGGGAUCACUGUGCGAGCGUGGUUUGGCGUGAAACUUUGUACUCGCCGGUUAGCGCAAAAUGCGAACCUGAAGUCUUUAUCGAAUACUAGUCCACCGAAGAACGUGGAGUUACUAGAUGAGCUGGCUACGGAGCGUCUUCGUGUUGCGUACUCGAGUUCGGGUCAGAAGGGUGAGAUUGCGAAAGGGAGACAGGAGGUUUUUGCUUGGGUCGCGACUCCCCUUGCGUAAGCAUGGAGUUCGUUUGCUAUUUUUUUCUCGAGCUACGUUCUUCCCAUCCUGUUUGCAUCUUUGAAGUUCACUUAGGCGUGAUCAAGGGAUGAGAUAGUCAUUGUAAGAACAAUGCAGACAAAUGUUGGAUGUAAAUACUAGGACGAAGACUGAAUGAAAGGGAACGUGAGGUACUUGAAUUGAGUGCAACGA